UUAAAAAUAAUUGAAUUACUUAUGUCUAUAUACUCCGGCUUCACAAUGAGGAAACAAGAAACUUAUUACAAUAGUCUCCUCCAAAAAGUCAUUGAAAGGUUGGUAACUAUCUGUUGUAAGUAUCUCGAAGCUUCUGAUCAAUGAACAUGCAGACAUCAGCGAAAUAAUGAAACAAUAAAUGAAUUAAACAGGUCCAAUCUGAGUCAAAAUGAUAAAUAAAAUAUUUUCAUCAAUUUUCAAAGGCUACAAAGCUUUAACAAUGUUGGAUAAAUUGAAGCACUUGGCUCCCAGAUUUGGAGAAUCAUUCAAACCAUUGGCAGACUUAAUCCGAGAUCACCUCCAGAUGCACAGUCCUGAAAAAGUAUCUGCUAGGCUUGAAAAUAAUAACUCUAAAGAUAAUUUCAUAAUAAAGAACAAAAAGAAUGAAAAUUUAUUUCCAAAGAAUAUUAAAAGGAAACUCUAAAGAAGAACUAUUUUAAUGAAAAGCGGAGAGAAAAGAGUAAUAAAAAUCCUGACCUUUAUCGGUCUGUAGAGCCACCUUCACAAAAAUCUCGGAACAAGCUUCAUCUCAAACCACCAACCAAUACGAAUUCAAAACUAAAUCUUCAGCUGUGGAGCCAAGGCAACAAAUUUCUAAAAUCAAGACAUCACGGUCAAAUCCCAAAACCAAAUCAUUCUUACUUGCCAAGCUUGACUCACAAGUCAUGUAGGUCUACGACAUCCAAGUAACCAUCCUAGAGAGAAUCUCUUAGCAAGCUUGACUCCAGUGCACAACCUCACGAUUGAUGAAGAAGAUCCUCCACGCUUAGAGAUUCAACAGAGCAGUGCUAUAUUAAUAAACUCUGUAGGGGACGAUGGGCCCUCUCCAGACAGCAUCAUGGACAUAAGCCAGAUUCAGAGUGAGUACAGACAGGUCAACAGCCGAAACUAUCAAUAA